GGCGGGGCUUGGGUGCGUGUCGAAGGGGCCGGGGGAUUGUUGCCGCUAUUGCGGCGUCGGACGUGUAUAUCUGCUGCUGGGGUUCUUGGCUGUAGAAUUCGCCCCAGCCAUGAGCUACACAGGCUUUGUCCAGGGAUCUGAAACCACUUUGCAGUCGACAUACUCAGACACCAGUGCUCAGCCCACCUGUGAUUACGGAUAUGGAACUUGGAACUCUGGGACAAACAGAGGCUACGAGAACUAUGGCUACGGCUAUGGCUAUGGCCAGGAAAACACCUCCAACUAUGGGUAUGGUAUGGCCACUUCAAACUCUUGGGAAAUGCCUAGCUCUGACACAAGUGCAAACCCUAACGCCUCGGGUAGUGCCGGUGCCGACCCCGUCUUAUCCAGAAUUAACCAGCGUUUAGAUAUGGUGCAGCACUUGGAGACAGACAUGAUGCAAGGAGGCGUGUACAGCUCAGGUGGAGAAAGAUACGACUCCUAUGAGGCCUGUGACUCGAGGGGCGUCCUGAGCGAGCGUGACCUGUACCGGUCAAGCUAUGAUUACGGCGAGCUUGACUCCGAGAUGGAAAUGGCCUACGAGGGCCAGUAUGAUGCCUACCGUGACCAAUUCCGCAUGCGUGGCGGCGACACCUUUGGUCCACGGGCCCAGGGCUGGGCCCGGGAUGCCCGGAGUGGCCGGCCGAUGGCCUCAGGCUAUGGGCGCAUGUGGGAAGACCCCAUGGGGGCCCGGGGCCAGUGCAUGCCUGGUGCCUCCCGGCUGCCCUCCCUCUUCUCCCAGAACAUCAUCCCUGAGUACGGCAUGUUCCAGGGCAUGCGUGGCGGUGGUGCCUUCCCAGGCAACUCCCGCUUCGGCUUUGGGUUCGGCAAUGGUAUGAAGCAGAUGAGGCGGACCUGGAAGACCUGGACCACAGCUGACUUCCGGACCAAGAAGAAGAAGAGGAAGCAAGGUGGUAGCCCUGAUGAGCCGGACAGCAAAGCCACCCGGACCGACUGCUCAGAUAACAGUGACUCAGAUAACGAUGAGGGCACUGAGGGCGAAGCUGCAGAUGGCACUGAAGGCACUGAGGCUAUGGAGAAGGGCUCCAGAGCAGAAGGAGAGGACGAGGAGGGAAAAGAAGAUGGGAGAGAAGAAGGCAAAGAGGAUUCGGAGAAGGGGGCGCUGAACACCCAGGAUGAGAAUGGCCAGGCCAAGCGCAAGUUGCAGGCAGGCAAGAAGAGCCUGGACAAGCAGAAAAAGCGGCAGCGAGACCGCAUGGUGGAAAGGAUUCAGUUUGUGUGUUCUCUCUGCAAAUACCGGACCUUCUACGAGGAUGAGAUGGCCAGCCACCUGGACAGCAAGUUCCACAAGGAGCACUUUAAGUACGUAGGCACCAAGCUCCCGAAGCAGACGGCCGACUUCCUGCAGGAGUAUGUCACCAACAAAACCAAAAAGACAGAAGAGCUCCGAAAAACUGUGGAGGACCUCGAUGGCCUGAUCCAACAGAUCUACAGAGACCAAGACCUGACCCAAGAAAUCGCCAUGGAGCAUUUUGUGAAGAAAGUGGAGGCAGCCCACUGUGCAGCCUGCGACCUUUUCAUUCCCAUGCAGUUUGGGAUCAUCCAGAAGCAUCUCAAAACCAUGGAUCACAACCGGAACCGCAGGCUCAUGAUGGAACAGUCAAAGAAGUCCUCGCUGAUGGUGGCCCGCAGUAUCCUCAACAACAAGCUCAUCAGCAAGAAGCUGGAGCGCUACCUGAAGGGCGAGAAUCCCUUUACCGACAGCCCGGAGGAGGAGAAGGAGCAGGAGGAGGCCGAGGGUGGCGUUCUGGACGAGGGCGCGCCUGGCGAAGCCGCAGGGGUCGCGGAGGGUGCAGAGGGCGCGCCGGCGCAGCCCCCAGUGCCCCCAGAGCCAGCCCCUGGGGACUCGUCGCCGCCGCCACCGCCGCCGCCCCCAGAGGAGGAGGACGAAAGCG